AUGAAGCGACUUUGGCUCGCGCUUCUGACCGCGUUGCUAUGGCAAUGCAGCUAUGCCCAGCAGAGAGGACUGUUCCCGGCGGUGUUGAACCUGGCGUCCAUGGCAGACAUAUCCGCUAAUGCUACCUGUGGUUUCCUGGGACCAGAGAUGUUCUGUAAGCUGGUGGAACAUGUUCCAGGCCAGCCUAUUAGAAACCCUCAGUGUCGAAUCUGCAACCAAAGGAGUAGAAACCCAAUUGAACAACAUCCCAUAGAAUAUGCCACAGAUGGGACUAACCGUUGGUGGCAAAGUCCCUCUAUCAAGAAUGGAAUGAUGUACCACUACGUGACGAUCACUCUGGACUUAAAGCAGGUUUUCCAGAUCGCCUAUAUGAUCCUAAAGGCAGCCAACUCACCGCGCCCAGGUAAUUGGGUCUUAGAGCGUUCCAUAGAUGGUGUGACCUUUGAUCCCUGGCAGUACUACGCCAUCACAGACACAGAGUGCCUGACAAGGUUCAACAUUAAUCCACGGACUGGAACUCCAUCCUACACCAGAGAUGAUGAAGUUAUCUGCACAUCUUAUUAUUCAAAGAUUCAUCCUCUGGAGAACGGAGAGAUCCACACAUCUUUGAUCAAUGGCCGGCCCAGUGCAGCUGACCCAUCCCCGACCCUGUUGAACUUCACCUCCGCCCGCUACAUCAGGCUGGUGUUUCAGCGAAUCAGAACACUGAACGCCGACCUCAUGACUCUGACACUCCAUGACACGAAAGAUAUGGAUCCCAUCGUGACGAGACGGUACUACUACUCUAUUAAGGACAUCUCAAUUGGAGGGAUGUGUAUCUGUUAUGGCCACGCCAAAGCUUGUCCACUCGACACUGCGACAAAGAAGUUUAGCUGUGAAUGUGAACACAACACAUGCGGGGAGAGCUGUGAUCACUGUUGCCCUGGUUACCACCAGCAGCCCUGGAUGGCAGGAACCUUCCUCACUCGACAUGUCUGCGAGAAGUGCAACUGUCACGGUAAGGCAGACGAGUGCUCCUUUAAUCAGACCGUAGCAGAUCUGUCACUCAGCCUGAACAUCCAAGGUCAAAACAGAGGAGGUGGAGUUUGUAUUGGUUGCCGCGACAACACAACUGGAAUCAACUGUCAGACAUGCGUUGAUGGAUACUACAGACCUGCUGGGGUGGGCGCUGAGGAGGAGGACCCCUGCAUCCCGUGCACAUGUGACUCGCUUGGUUCGAUCAGCCAAUCAUGUGUCGCAGAUUCAAGCCAGGCUACGCCCAUUCAGCCAGCAGGGUCAUGCCGGUGUAAGGAGGGUUUUGGGGGUCUGCGAUGUGACAGGUGUGCUGUUGGUUAUAUAGGCUUCCCGUCCUGCCAGCGCUGUAACUGCAGUGUGGAAGGAAGCACCAACGAUGACCCAUGUAUAACACCCUGCGUGUGCAAGGAAAACGUGGAAGGAGAAAACUGUGACCGCUGUAAACUGGGGUUCUAUAACCUCCAAGGUGACAAUCAACGUGGCUGCGAAAAGUGCUCCUGUAUGGGAGUUUCCAGUCAGUGCUCUGCUUCCACAUGGACCUAUCACAACGAGACCACUCUGACAGGCUGGCACUUGCUUGGAGAAACAGGAGGAAGAGUGUGGUCCGUUCACAGACAGACGCCUCCGUAUCUCAGCGUCCGACACUCGGACGUUGAGAAUGAUCUUGGCUCCGCCUACUACUGGAACGCACCUGAUCUAUACCUGGGAAACAAGCUUUCAGCCUAUGGAGGGAGUUUGGUUUCCACUGUGUCUUAUACCACAGACCAACAAGAGCAGGUGGCCAUAAGAGUGACCUCACAACCUGACCUGGUUAUUGAGGGAGGUGGGAUCAAGAUUAUUGACAGACGGUUUGGCCAGCCAGUGUACCCGUCCUCGCCGAGCACCAAUCGCAUUGCUCUCCUUCCAGAGAAUUUCGUGGUUUCAGAGAGCGCACAGACGAUUAGCCGGAGGGAUUUCCUGUCUGUGUUGGCCAAUGUGACCAGAGUGAUGGUGCGGGCCUCUUAUAGCACGGAACCCAGCGCUGUGUACAGACUCCACUCAUUCUCAAUGCAGGUAGCUAAUCCCUUUGCCAGUGGAGAGAGCAGAGCAUCAGCUGUAGAGAACUGCUCUUGUCCUCCUGGAUACGCUGGAACUUCCUGUGAGGCGUGUAUUCCCUGGUUUCGGAGGGUUAACGGAAAUCUGUACAAUGGUGUGUGUGAAGCUUGUCAUUGCCAUGGACACACGUCUCAAUGCCACGAGCUCACAGGACACUGCCUGGACUGCUCCCACCACACCACAGGCCCACACUGUGACUCCUGCCUACCUGGUUAUUAUGGCAACGCCACCCGGGGGUCACCUGCAGACUGUCAGCCCUGCGCCUGCCCACUCAAUCUUCCAAGUAACAAUUUCAGCCCCACCUGCCACCUCGAUGAAGAAGGGGAGCUGCUGUGCGACCAGUGCCAACCUGGAUACACAGGACCACAAUGUGACAGAUGUUCCAACGGAUACUACGGCCAGCCCGCUGUGCCAGGGGGAUCCUGCCAGCCUUGUGAUUGCCAUGGCAACCUGGACCUAUCCACACCUGGCAGCUGUGAUCCAAUCACGGGCCGGUGUCUGCGCUGUCGUCAAGGUUAUGGCAGCGCGUCUUGCGACAGUUGCGCUGACGGUUACCAUGGAGAUGCCAUCAUCGCGAAAAACUGCCAGCCCUGUCAGUGCCAUUCUAAUGGCUCUGUAUCUGAGGUCUGCAAUAAGGAGACUGGACGGUGCCAGUGCAGAAAAAAUGUGGUUGGACGACAGUGUGACGAGUGCAUCCCUAACUGCUGGUGGGAUGCUGAGCGUCAGGAUUGUAUUCCCUGUCGCUGCAGCCCCCACGGCUCUAUGUCUCAGCGCUGUGACAUCGAGGGCCGCUGCAUCUGUCGCCCCGGCUUUGUGGGCCAACGCUGUGACCUGCGUCGCCAAAGUUACGAGAGGCGCGAAACCCGCAGGCCGGUGGAGCGGGUUCCCAUAGAAGUCGCUCAGCAGAGAUGGGGGGGGUCCUCCCGCACGGGGGGUUGUCCCAGGGGGGCAUACAGGCCUAAGACAGGGUCCCAGACCCACGGCAUUAGCACAGGUGGAGUGUGUGUCCCGUGUCACUGCAACUCAUUUGGUUCCAAGUCAUUUGACUGUGAUGAAACCGGUCAGUGUCGGUGUCAGCCGGGCGUCACCACACCCAAAUGUGACCGGUGCGGACGAGGAUUCUUCAACUUCCAGGAGGGCGGCUGCACACCGUGCCAGUGCAGUCAUGUGGGGAAUAACUGCGACACCACCACAGGACAGUGCAUCUGUCCUCCAAACACUAUCGGUGAGAGGUGUGACUACUGUGCUCCCAACCACUGGGGCCAUGAUAUCAUAACUGGAUGCAAGGCGUGUGGUUGCAGUGUGAUCGGCUCAGUGACCCAGCAGUGUAACGUCAACACCGGCUGCUGCAUGUGUCGCGACUCCUUCAGAGGAGAGAAAUGCAACGAAUGUCGAAUUGGAUACAGAGACUUUCCUCAGUGCACCGAGUGCGAGUGUAACGUCUCCGGAUCGGACAGCCAGACCUGCGACCAGGAGAGAGGAGUGUGCGCCUGCGCGGAUCGAACUGGACAGUGUAGCUGCAAGGCAAAUGUUGAAGGAGACAACUGUGACCGCUGUAAGCCAGAAACGUUUGGGUUGUCUGUACGAAACCUGCGUGGCUGCAGCAACUGCUACUGUUACGGACUGACACGCUCCUGCACAGAGGCGCGAGGACUCAUCAGGAUGUGGUUGGCGCUGAGGCCUGAGCAGACGGUGCUGCCCCUGGUGGAUAAAUCCAACACUGUGGAGACGAGGAGAGGAGUGAGCUUCCAGCAUCCGGAGAUCCUCGCUCACACGGAGCUGGUCACCUCAACACUCUCUGAACCCUACUACUGGAAACUGCCAGAGCAGUUCAGAGGCUCAAUGAUCACAGCAUAUGGUGGGCAGCUGAAAUAUGCAGUGUACUACGAGGCCAGAGAUGAAACUGGUCCUUCAUCCUAUGAGCCUCAGGUCAUCAUUAACGGCGGUCCCACCCGCAACAUACUGAUGACCCGCAACAUACCGGGACUCCAGAUGGGCCAGCUCACUCGCCACGAGAUCGACAUGACAGAGCAUGAGUGGAAGUACGCAGAUGGCAGGUCCAUGACUCGAGAGGACUUCAUGGAUAUUUUGUUCUAUGUGGACUACAUCCUAAUUAAGGCAUCACACGGCAACUUGAUGAGGCACAGCCGUAUUUCAGAGAUCAGUCUCACAGUGGCCGAGGAAGGCAGACCCACCAAAGAGAGCGAGGAAGCACAUCAGAUAGAGAAGUGCGAGUGUCCAGUCGGAUACUCUGGACUUUCUUGUGAGGAGUGUGCUGCAGGUUUCUACCGUCUUCGCGCCGGUUCCAUGACAUCUGCUUCAGCGUCCAGACUGCCGACCGCUGCCGGCAUGGGCAGCUGUGUUCAGUGCCAAUGCAGUGGGCACUCUUCCACCUGUGACCCUGAGACAUCCAUAUGCCAGAAGUGUCAAGACAACACAGAGGGUGAUCGGUGUGAACGCUGCUCUCCGGGAUUCUACGGUGUGGUCCGAGGUUCCCAUGACGACUGUAAACCGUGCGCCUGUCCCCUCACCAAUGCAGAGAACAAUUUCAGUCCAACUUGUGUAACGGAGGGACAUGAUGACUACCGAUGUACAGCCUGUCCUGAGGGAUAUCAGGGCAAAUACUGUGAGAGGUGUGCUACUGGUUACCAUGGUAACCCGCAGAUGCCAGGUGGCCACUGCAAGGAGUGUAAGUGUUCCUUAUGGGGGGCGCUGCCUGGACCAUGUGACCCUGUCACAGGCCAAUGCCUCUGCAGGGUCGGGGCAUCGGGGAAAUCGUGUGACCAGUGCAUGGACAGGCAUGUGUGUGGACCAGCUGGGAUCAUCUCCUGCGAUGAUGAGUGCUCGGGUCUGUUGAUCAGUGAUAUGGACCGCCUCCAUCGCAUAAUCACUGAUGUCACCCUGACCACACCCCUCCCACCGCCGUAUAAAGUGUUGUACCGCUUCGAGAACAUGACCGAGGAACUCAAGCACAUGCUGUCACCUCAGAAAGCUCCGGAGAGAUUACUGCAACUGGCCGACUCCAACCUUGGAUCACUGGUCGUUGAGAUGGACCAACUACACAGCAGGUCCACCAAGGUAUCUGCUGACGGAGAGCAGGUGGAGGAUGAUGCUGACAGGAUUCAUAAACGAGCUGAGGACCUGGAGCAGUUCAUCAGGGACACACUGCUGGGAGCUCAAGACCUCCAGUCGAAGGCUGCAGACUUGAACCAGACACUCUCGAGGAGAGAUGGAACUCCAGAAAAAAGCCUGAAGGAGAUGAAGGAGGAGAUCCAGGCCAUGCUAGCCGAGAUGAGAAAACGACAACUGGGAGGGAAGAAGAGCAUCGCAGAGGAAGAGAUGGACCUAGCAGAGGAGUUGUAUCAGAAAGUGAAGAGAUUAUUUGGCGACCCCCAUCAGGCCACAGAAGACCUCAAAGCAGAGAUAAAAGAGAAGCUGUCAGACCAUGAGGGGAAGCUGCAGGACGCCCAGGACCUGCUCCACUCCGCCCAGGGAAAGACGAGAGAGGCCGGCUCACUGGCUGAACAAAACCAAGCUAACCUCACAGCCCUGGAGAGAAAGCGCUCUGCAGUGAGCGGGGUGAGACAAGAAGCACAGGAGGUUCUCGGAGAAGGAGAACGUCUGCUGGAUGAAGCAAACCAGCUUUCUGACAACAUCAACAAGGAAAUAGAGGACUUGGAGGAGAUGGGUAGAGAGCUCGGUCCUCUUCAUGACCAGCUGGAUGAUAAAGUCAGUCACCUCACCGGUGGUUUAGGGGAUGGCAGUCUGGCCAAUCACGUCCACGACGCAGAGGAACACGCCAAGCAGCUCAACGAAUCUGCUGCCAUUUUGGAUGGUAUUUUGGCUGAAGCUAAAAAUCUCUCCUUCAACGCAACAGCUGCCUUCAAGGCCUAUAGUAACAUUAAAGCAAACGUUGAUGCAGCGGAGAAGGAGGCGAAGGCAGCCAAACAGAGGGCAAGCGAGGCACUUGCACUGGCUUUAGAUCCAGAGGUCCCAGUAAAGGAAGCCGCUCAAGUGGCCCAUCAGAAGAGUCACAGACUGCUAAACCAAGCUAAACAACUUCAAAAUGAUGUCAAAGAGAAUGCAGAUGGUGUGGCGGGGCUGAAGGGCAGAGUUAAAGCAGCGAGAGACAAAACCAAAGACCUGCUGAAAGCUGUCAACGGAACCAUGGCAACGCUCAACGCGAUCCCCAAUGACACAGCAGCUCAGCUAGCAGCCACGAAGGCCGUAGCAGCAGAUGCUAACGCCACGGCCAUCGACGUCCUGGAGCGCCUCGGGGAUUUGAACCUGCAACUCCACGGCCUACAGAGGAACUACACCGAGCUGGAGGACACGGUCAAUGCAGCCAAUCAGAUGAUCCAGGACCCAGAAAAAAACACCAUCAUCCACGCUGCAGGAGCUAAAGUGAAGGAUUUAGAGGAUGAAGCCGACAGGCUCUUGGAGAAGCUGCAGCCAAUCAAACAGCUGCAGGACAAUUUAAGGCGUAACAUCUCGCAAAUCAAGGAACUGAUCAACCAAGCUAGGAAACAAGCUAACUCAAUUAAAGUGUCAGUGUCAUCAGGUGGUGACUGUCUCCGUAGUUAUCGCCCUGAUAUCAGGAAAGGGAGGUACAAUACCAUCAUCCUUAAUGUUAAAACCACCACACCCGAUAACCUGCUCUUCUACCUGGGAUCAGCCAAAUAUGUGGAUUUCCUUGCCUUAGAGAUGCGUAAGGGGAAGGUGAAUUUCCUCUGGGACGUGGGUUCAGGUGUGGGGAGGGUGGAAUAUCCUCAUCACACCAUCAAUGAUGGGAACUGGCACAGAAUAGAGGCGUCUCGUAAUGGGUUGAAUGGCACCAUAUCAGUAUAUCCUCUGGAAGGCUCUAUGGCUGGUAGGAUGCCGACCCCGGCCAGUGCCAACUCGCCCACGGCCUUCACCAUCUUGGACGUCGACCAGAAUGCCUACCUGUUUGUAGGAGGAAUACUCGGCACUGUCAAGAAGGCAGAUGCCGUACGAACGACAACGUUCACCGGCUGCAUAGGGGAGACCUUCUUGGAUGGGAAACCUAUUGGACUGUGGAACUACAGAGAGCGACAUGGAGACUGUAAAGGAUGUGUUGUCAGCCCGCAGCGUUCAGAUAGUGAGGGCACAGUCCAGCUGGACGGCGAGGGCUACGCCGCAGUGCGACGGCCCACCAGGUGGAACCCCAAUAUUUCCUCCGUGACCUUUAAGUUCCGCACAUUUUCCUCAGAAUCUCUGCUCAUGUAUUUGGCCACUGAAGAUAUGAAGGACUUUAUGUCCCUGGAGCUGUCAGAGGGCAAGGUGAAGGUGAACUUUGACCUCGGGUCAGGAGUUGGCAGUGCCGUAUCAGCUAACCGCCACAAUGACGGGCGCUGGAAAUCCCUCACCAUGUCAAGAAACAAGAAACAAGCCACGGUGACCAUAGUGGACAUUGACAGUGGUGCUGAGGAGAAGAUAGUGACCUCGUCUCAGGGCUCAGCUGCUGGUCUGAACCUCAGGGAGAACCAGAAGAUCUAUUUUGGAGGGCUGCCUAUCAUCGGAAACUACAGCAUGACAGCCAGGUCAGAGGUCACUUUGAAGCGGUAUGCUGGCUGUCUCCGGGAGAUUGAAAUCUCCAGGACUCCCUAUAGUCUCCUCAGCAGUUCAGAUUAUACUGGGGUCACUAAAGGAUGUAAUGUAGAGAACCUGUAUACAGUCAGUUUCUCGAAGCCGGGGUACAUGGAGCUGGGGGGUCUGUCGCUAGCGGUCGGCACAGAGAUCAGCCUGUCAUUCAGCACUCUGGCAGACACUGGGACCAUCAUGCUGGCAGUAGGCGGAGCUCCACCAAUCGGCCAGCAGCUCCGAAACACGAACCUCCUGAGCUCCAAGAGGAGACGCAGGCAGUCGGGAGAGCCCUACCUCUCAGUCUUGCUGAACAAAGGCUCUCUGGAGGUCUUGUUGUUCACCGGCAGCCACAGUCUGCGUCGUGUCAUCAGACGACCUGAGCACGGCGUCCUGAAUGAUGGGAUGGAGCACUCGCUGCGCAUAGAGAGGCUACCUGGCAGAUCUUUUGCAGUUCAGGUGGAUGAGGAGCCCAAGAGGGAGGCAGCGCUUCCCAACGACCAGCCAGUGAGCUUGCAGCGCAUCUUCCUCGGUGGUAUUCCUGCUGCCGUAGAACAGACCUCCAACAGAGCCAACGUCCCAUUCCAGGGAUGUAUAUGGAACCUCAUGGUCAACGCUGUCCUCUCAGAUUUCUCCCUGCCUGUGUCCUUCGAGAAUGCCGAAAUCGGCCAGUGCCCCAACCUCGCCCCUCCGCCACAUCUACCGUAUCUGCCAGAACAAGAGGAACUCGAGAAGGAAAAGGAAGAGUCGAAGCCUUUCAGUCCUCCACGGAUCCCAACCACAGUUACACCAGCUCCAGGUCCUCCUGCCGAGGCCACGCCCCCUGCCGCACCUGCUGCCACACCCACUGCUGCUGCAGCCCCGCCCACUGCUAAACAGGAGCCCAUCUCUGACUCGGAUUCAUGUGCAUCAGCUGUGGCCCCGACAGAACUCGAGAAGGCCUAUCAAUUUGGACUGACCAGGAACAGUCACAUGAGAUUUGCUUUUGAUGACACAAAAGUCAGAGAGAGGCUAAUAUUGGAGUUUGAGUUGAGGACGAAGGAGGAGUCUGGUCUUGUUCUCUACAUGGCAAGAAUCAACCAUGCAGACUUUGUUACCAUCCAGAUCAAAGACGGACAGGUUUGUCUAGGUUAUGAUCUUGGUCAUGGAAACAUAUCUGGCUGCGUCCCCUUCUCCAUAAAUGAUGGGAACUGGCACAAGAUUCGUGUGAGUCGGAACAAGCAGAGAUGUUUACUUAUAGUUGAUGGGCGAUACAGUAAACAGAUGAUCAGUCCAAAGAAGGCUGACCUGCUGGACGUGGUUGGAAUGCUGUAUGUUGGUGGAUUACCACAAAACUACACCAGCAAGAGAAUAGGACCGAUUCUCUACAGUAUCAAUGGAUGUAUCCGUGAGUUUAAGAUGGUUGGAAGGGCGGUAAGCACCAAGCCUGCAGCUACAGGUCGCUCUGAGGCAGUUGUUGAGGACUUUAAAUUGAACAUGGCCACGCCCACUUCCAGUCACAUGAUAGGAAGAUGCUUUGUUGCCACUGAGGCUGGAACCUAUUUUGAAGGCACUGGCUACCUGAAAGCAGUCUCUUCUUACAGAGUGGGUCUGGAUGUGUCGAUAGCAUUAGAGUUCAGGACCAGCAGAACCAGCGGAGUGCUUUUAGCCGUCAGUAACCAAGCAAACGAUGGAUUGGGACUAGAGAUCGUGGAGGGAAAGCUGCUCUUCCACGUUGACAACGGAGCUGGGCGGAUUACAGCGGAACACACGCCUGAGGGAGAGGGCUUCUGCGACGGCCAGUGGCACUCCGUCACUGCCAAGAAGCUUCGCCACAGGGUGGAGCUGCUGGUCGACGACAACCAGAGCCAAGCGGAGAGUCCCAACGCACGCUCCAACACCUGCGACACAAACGACCCCAUCUACGUUGGAGGAUAUCCGGAUGGAGUUCGCCAGGCAGCUCUCUCUACCAGGACUUCCUUCAAAGGUUGUUUGAGGAACCUGAAGAUCACCAAAGCUUCUAAGACCAUGGAAGUGCAGUUCAACAAGGCUCUAGAGAUUAAAGGAGUCCAGCCUCUGUCCUGUCCUGCAGUAGCUGCCUAACCGGUACCACAGAGCUUCCUUUGUUGUUUGCCUAAUACAUUACUGUCUUGGUCUUUGAACCUGCACUGGGCACAAUGUUUGUAUCAAUGAAUAAACACACCGUAAUGUGUGCAGGUGUGGGGUCCAACAAGUAGGUCAUAUCACAGGAACUCUAUACGUCAAAAUGCUUCCUUUCAAAAACUGUUUUUCUUCAAUUAGUUAAGCAAGAGUUUGGAGGCCCGAUUGGCUCUUCAGUGAGUUCAGAGGUUUGGUGCUCGUACCACAGAAUUAGUGCCAGACGCUCUCUGAUCGAGGCUGUAGCCAAACUAAUAAGAGCGACACAACAGGCAAAGUUACCUGGUGCAGUUUUCAAUGACGAGAAAACCUUUUCUUCAAAGUUCACCCUCACAUUUGCAGUUUGAGCCUUUAUGUCCAGUGUGAGAUUGGUCAAUACAUAUAUCCUGGUUUCAAAUUGAGAACUCAAACCGUUUUUAAAUGUGUGUUUUGUCUGCUAUGCAAUGUUCAUUUUAAGACCUAUGCUGUUGUUACAGGUGCCAACAGUAUUCAAGCUAAUUACAUUCUGUAAUAUGUGCGAGCAUUAAAUCUGAUUUGUUUUUCAGUGGAGUUCCUCAGAAGUCUUGAAUCUUUCAGUUAUAUCAUUUUACCCUCGUUGCAUAAGCUUCUUUGGAAGAGAAUGGAAAAUUACAAUUUUAAAGAUUGUGUGUGUCUUCUACAUGUGUCCUUCAUAAACCUUGUUCCCUGAGAUGUUGUUGAGAAAAUCUAAAUCAUUUGUUCACUUUUUUCAUAUCAGCAUCCAAACCAUAGAAGUCAAACUUCUUUUCAGCCUCGGGUCAGCUAGAAAUCACAAAAUCACAGGUGCAAUAUUCCUUUAACAUUCCACACUUCUAUCAAUUGAUUUGAUUGCUAUCAUUGAAAAUUGUCAUACAGGCUUGAGCGCGUGUUGCUUUUCUGUAAUAUUAAAAGGUACAAGGUUUCUUUCGGACACUAAUGGUGGUGCAUGUUCUGCAUGGUGUGGCUGAAAAUACUUCAGC